AUGGCUUACCGUCUGUUUGAAGGCAAGGAGCAUGCUGCUUCCUACUGGAAGUACAGGAUUUGUCCAUCAGAUCAGUUGAUACAACAGGUGCUCGACUUCCUGGAAAAACAGAAAGGUCAGCCCUUUGAGCUCGCAGUGGACGUGGGUUGUGGCUCGGGUCAGGGGACUUUGCUGCUGGCCAAACACUUUGCUUCUGUGGUGGGGACAGAUGUGAGUCCUGCCCAGCUGGAAAUGGCUUUGCAGCAUGCUAAAGGGCCAAACAUCACAUAUAGACAGUGUGUGGCUGAGGAGCUGCCAUUUGCUGACAGCUCAGUGGACCUGCUGACAGCCAUGUCUGCCUUCCACUGGUUUGACAGGCCACGCUUUCUCAAGGAAGUCCACAGAGUCCUGAAGCCUCGCGGCUGCUUGGCUCUGCUCAACUACACCAUUGACAUGGAACUCAGCUACCCUGACUGCUGCUCACAGACACUCAACCAAGUCUGCAAAGAGUUUUAUGCAGCUUUGCAACCUUACCGCAGUCCUCACCUUGGCCCCAGCUCUAUCGAGUUGUACAGGGAAGCCUAUGAAUCCAUCCCCUACCCUGACAAAGAGUGGCAGGAGUGUGUGUGGGUGAGAAGGCCCAUGCCUCUGUCCAGCUACAUGGGGUUGGUGGAGUCUUUCUCCAGUUAUCAGGCUCUGCUGAGAGGUGACAUGCAGAAAGCUGUCAAACUCUCCCAAGACAUCUGUCAAAGGUUGAUGUCCAUAAUGGGGGUGACCUCUGCAGAGACAGAGGUGGUCGUGGGUGUGAAGCAUUUCUACCUGCUGGCCUGCAAACCACAGCAAGCCUGACUCAUGCCUGCACUCACAUUUGCAA